AACAAAUACCUCGACCCCUACCUGAAAAAAAAUAUUUGCUUCCUAGGCAGACCAGGAUCUCCAUAGUUUCCACAGAAAGAACUACCAGCAUUCUUCAGUGCCAGUAUUCUAAAAUGACUGCCUUCAAGGGGAUAUGGACCAGGGAGUUCUGGACAUCUAUGGCAGGGGAGUUUGUGGCAGUUUUUCUUUUUUUGGUUGUAAGUUUAGGGUCAACAGCAGGACUCAAUGUACCAGGACCAAGUGACACUCACAUUGCCUUUUGCUUUGGAUUAAGCAUAGCCAUUUUAAUUCAUUGCUUUGGACAUAUAUGCGAAGCCUUUCUAAAUCCAGCAGUUGCAAUGGCAAUGAUCUGUACCAAGAAAAUAUCAAUAGCCAAAGGCAUAUUCUACAUACUUGUUCAGUGCCUGGGAGCUAUAGCUGGGGCUGGGGUUAUAGCUCUUGUUACACCACAUGAUAAAUGGCCAGUCGGAAUCACAAAGGAACAUGAUACUAUUUCACAUGGGCAAGCACUUCUUGUAGAAGCUAUAAUCACUUUCCAGCUGGUCUUCACAAUUUUUGCAUCAUGUGACAAGAAAAGAAAAGACAUCAAAGUUCCUGUUCCACUUAUCAUUGGGUUGUCUGUUACAAUAGGACAUCUUUUUGCUAUACAGUACACUGGUGCAAGCAUGAAUCCAGCACGCUCCUUUGGAACAAGUAUUGUUUUUAACAGAUGGGAGAAUCACUGGAUAUAUUGGAUUGGUCCAAUAAUGGGUGGAAUCCUUGCAAGCUUUAUCUAUGAAUACUUGUUCUGCCCAAAUCCGGAGGCCAAUUUGAACUUGCAGGCUAACUACUCCCGCCCCCAGAAUGAAGAUGAAUCUGUCCAACUAACUGUUAGACCUGGAGGUGAAUAUAACAAGUUGGAGACCACAGCAUGACCUGUCACAUGAUGCUCUGUUGCACUACUCUGGACUAUCCAUGAAAGGUUGAUGCAUAUAUUGAAAUGUUCUUCACCAACAAAGUAUACAGUUCAUCAUUGCUUAAUGAGAAUAUUUAUGUUUUUUUUACAGUGAAAUGAAACCCUAGAAUAACUGUUUCUUGCAUGGCUGAAAAUGUGUAUUGAAUAGUAUGUUCUGAUUUGUUUAUAUUUGUACUAUUAUUAUUAUUUUUUAUUAUUAAUUUGGUAAUUAUAUUGUUUACACUAAUUGUCAGGAAAAUUUCACUGCCUCAUAUUUUAGUUUAUGUGACUACAAGAUAUUCAAAUGAUAAAAUGCAAAACAUGUUUAUAAUCACCAUAAAUAAGUGAUACAGGGAAACUUAUUAAAGGGACAUGAUAUCUAAAUGUUGAAGCACUUGAAAGUUAUACAGCAUAGCUGUCUGAACAUCUUUAUUUAAAAAAAGGAAGACAUGUUACAUACAAAUUUCUUCAGGAGCCAAAACCCAUUGUAAAGGGACUUUAAGCAGUCAAUCAAGAUGCUAGUUCAAGGGCUUACAAGGGAGCGUGCAUCUGGUCUGUGCAGGCACAGUCAUGUUAUUUCCCUACUCAGUUUAAGGAAGUUUACUAUAAAAUCUCGCAAGAUUUCAGCAAAAUUUCAUGAGAUCAUAGGAAAGCAUGACCUUAGAAUUGCUGAUGCUGAUUGGCUAAUGUUUUUUUUUUUUUUGGGGGGGGGGUUCCAACCUGCAGCUGGACAGUAACUGAAGGAUAACUGUUCACUGAGUACUUACUAUUGUGAGAUUAUAUUUAUUUUAUUUUUUUGUCAAAUUUGUACAGUUAUAACAUAUCACUUUCAAGUGAUUUAGUAAAUGGGUAUUAUGUACCUUUAAGCAUAUAUAUGCAAAUUGUUAUAGUUUACACAAAGGAUCAGAAGAUGAUUCACAAAUAUGUAAUUUGUUUAUGUAUAUUUAAUACUUUAAAAUACACAACCUGUUUAUAACACAUAUGCUUUAUAUGUGCAACCAAGAUUCUUGUAAUUAAAACUGAAAUGGAAAAAAAAUCAAUUAAAAAGGAAACUGAUAUGAAUAAAA